CGUUGGACGUCUUCUCGAGAGUUCAAGCCCUUGGCCGCCGUUUUCAGGAGCUGGAAUGCAGGAGAAUGGUUGAUGAAGCUGAAUCCCAACUGGAGGCAGGAGCAAUAGCGGAGCUUUACUUGCAGCGCAAAAGAAACCGCUGGCUCCAGAAAUGGGACGAACUGCAGAUCGAGCAGCAGGUUCUCUGGGCUAAGCGAGCGCAGGAAAAGGGGAUGAUAACCUCAGAUCGCAUGUCGAAGGAGAUGUUUCAACGCAUCUGCCCUCCACGCGCACUUGCACUCAUGCGGGAGCUCCACCACCCCUUCUACCCGGAGGCGGACGUGGCGAAAGACUCGGAAGCUAUUGGGGAAUGCGCGCUGGAGUACUUCCAAGACAUACUUACAUCAAGGCGCCCCCCUUUCCAGACUCUGCAGCAACUCCAGGAGGAGCAGGACCUCUGGAGGCACACUCAAACGAGCCUCUCUCAGGGGGCACGCCUCUCGCUCGACAGACCAAUCACACUCGAAGAACUGUGGGAAGUAGUGAAGAGCAUGGCAAAGGGCAAAAGCCCAGGCUCUGACGGACUACCGGUCGAGUUCUAUGAAGCCGUCUGGCUACACGUGGGACCCAUUCUCCUCAGUCUCUACAAUCGUGUUCUAGAAGGCGGCUCUCUGACUGCAGACAUGAAGAUGGGUAUCAUCAUGCUGAUCUACAAAAAGGGCGACAAAUGCAACAUACGUAAUUGGCGCCCUAUAUCCAGACUCAAUGUCUCCUACAAGAUCCUCUCCAAACUUCUUGCAAGAAAAUUGACGUCGCACCUCCCUGAUCUAGCCCACCCUGACCAAGGGGCUUUUGUGGAAGGGAGGGCAAUAUCAGAGAACAUCAUGACAGCCAUGGGCGCCUUGGAGAUCAUUCACCAGGAGAACAGGCAAGUUUUGGUCGCUAUGCUCGACCUUGAGAAAGCAUACGACCGCGUCAAUUCGUCCUUUGUGCUUGCUACACUGGAGCACAUGAACUUCGGGCCAAUGUAUCGCAGAUGGGUAAAAGAACUCUACGUUGACGCCACUGCUACAAUCAUGGUCAACGACUUUCUGUCUCCGAUUCUGCUGCUGACGCGGUCUCUCCGACAAGGCUGUCCCCUCGCCUCAUUGCUCUUCGCCAUACAGAUGGAAGUACUCCUCAACGCUCUCCGGGCAGCCCCUCGGAUUCAAGGACUGGCCCGGGGACCCGGUCACACACUCCUCACCGGGGCGAUAGCGGACGACCUCCUACUUGUUAUGGAAGCGACUGCAGACUCCACUGGCGAGGCGAAGCGACUCCUAGACGCCUAUGCGGACCUCUCAGAGGCAAGAGUAAACUGGAACAAAUCGCUGUACUUCCUUCCAUCAGACUACGACCUCGAAGGAGGAGAUUGGGGCAUGAAACGAAUAACUCCAAAUCUCUCGGAGCGUUAUUUAGGCGUCCAGGUGGCUCUUUCUGACGCCAGACCCAAGCAAGAUUUAAUCUUGAAGGCCAAAGCACAGGCUUCCUUGCUCAGCUGUCGCAUGGCUGUAGGUGUUGCAUUGAUGGGCAGGGCACUACUUAUUACAACGGCAGUUUUCGCACAGCUGUGGUAUGUAGCAGCCAUCUGCCUGAUCUCGAAACCUCAGUAAAGCAGCUGACCGCCGAGGCAGCCUGCUAUCUGUGGACUCCUGAAUUUUCAUGACUCUA